AUGGCGACGGAAACCCUAGAUGAGAAGAAAUCGGAGGAAGAGGAGUUGAAAGAUAAAGGAAACGAAGAGGGGAGUAAGGCUGUUGGAGAUGAUUGUCGACAAGAUGUUCUUGCUCUUCAAGUGAUAGCUCUUCUAAGAGACAUAUUUACAGCUGUUGGACUUAAUCUCUAUUUAUUUCCCUAUGGUGUUCUCCCAACUGGUCCAGAGAGAGGUAUUAUUGAGAUCAUUGAGUCCCUUUUAGCUGUUCCAUCCCCUGAACUUGCAUUAAGGUUGUACCUGCAAUGUGCUGAGGCAGCUAAUGGCUGUGACAUUGAGCAUGUUGCGUAUGAAUUUUUCACACAAGCGUUUGUAUUAUAUGAAGAAGAAAUUGCGGACUCUAAAGCCCAAGUGACUGCAAUUCAUCUGAUAAUUGGGACUCUCCAGAGGAUGAAUGUAUUUGGUUUUGAGAACAGAGAUCCUUUGACACACAAAGCCACAGGAUAUUCAGCUCGGCUAUUGAAGAAGGCUAAUCAGUGCAGAGCUGUUUAUGCAUGUUCCCAUCUAUUUUGGGUUGAUGAUCAGGAUGGCAUAAAGGACGGGGAGAGGUCUGGCCUCAAAACUUAUCCUUUGGUUUAGAUUUUUUUUCAUGUAAACAUUAAAUUCAUUCUAACAAUAAGCAACUGAAAAAAUUUGCGGGAGAGGUUGCAGGGUCCUCUAACAAUAAGCAAAUCACCAGUUCCGCAAUCCAAGGGCUGAUAGAAUUAAUUAAUACCGAGAUGCAAAGUGAUUCCACAAACUUUGAUAGUGUGGCGGAUGCUUUCCUUGCCAGCACCUUGCGUUACAUUCAGUUCCAAAAACAAAAAGGUGGUGUAGUGGGUGAGAAAUUCGAUUCCGUUAAACUGUAAAUUGUUGAGUCAUGUAAAGAAGUAAUGCAUGGCAGUUAGAGAUGUAAAUAGGUGUUUAUUCUGGAUUUGGGUUUCAUAUUUGCUUGAUUAUAUCUUUUAUUAAACUGUAAAUUAUUGAGUCAUGUAAAUUGUAUUAUAUCUUUUAUUACCAAGAUUUACUUGAUUAAGAAAAUGCAUUGUAUCUUU